CUCCGCGACCACCUUUGAGCCAACCACCGGCCCAUAGACAUCAUCGCCCUACUAGCUCCUGGAGCCCAAUCGCAGCUGCAGACUCGCCCACUACCGCAUCAUCCCGACGGCCACACCACGCUUCUCCUGCAACCUGACAAAAGCCCUGCAGGCCCUGUUGACCCUACCCCUUGUUUCGUCCAUCAUAAACCCACAAUGUCCUCGCCCUCGAACUCCUCCGCCGCCAGCAAGCGGAAGCGCAACAACGCCAAUAUGCCCGGCUCAAGCGACAUGGUAGACUCGGGUCUCCAGGCCCCGUCACGCGAUGCCUCGGGCGAAGAGGGCGACAGCACCGCUCCCGAAUCCACCACCCUUGGCAACCGCAAGACCGACUCGAACUCUGCUGCCGCCCACCCGUCUAAGAGGCAACGCGCCAAUUCGGAUCGUGCUCACGAGUACGCCGACCACGUCGUCGAUCCUGGUGAGCCCAGCGACACCACCGAGGCCAGCGUCGACAUUGCCGAGCGCGUCGGUCGCACCAAGGUUCGCAAGCCUACCUUCAAGGAUGGCUUUCCCACCAGGGAGGCCGAGGGCAUGGCGCCUCCGCCUUCUGGCAUUGUGCACCCCGUCGGCUUCAGGACCAACGACCCGCCCGUCGGGCGACCUGUGAGGGUGUACGCCGACGGCGUCUUCGAUUUGUUCCAUCUUGGCCACAUGCGACAGCUCGAGCAGGCCAAAAAGACCUUCCCCAACACAUACCUCCUCGUCGGCGUCACUGGCGAUGUCGAGACCCACAAGCGCAAGGGACUGACCGUUCUCUCUGGCAACGAGCGUGCCGAGACGCUGAGGCACUGCAAGUGGGUGGACGAGGUCAUUGACAACUGCCCCUGGAUCGUGACGACGGAGUUCCUUGAGAAGCACCAGAUCGAUUACGUUGCGCACGACGAUCUUCCCUACGGCGCCGACGAGGGCGACGACAUUUACAAGCCGAUCAAGGAGCAGGGCAAGUUCCUUGUAACCCAGCGCACUGAAGGCGUCAGCACCACGGGCAUCAUCACCAAGAUCGUCCGCGAUUACGAAAAGUACAUUGCCCGCCAAUUCAAGCGCGGCGCCUCACGCCAGGAGCUCAACGUGAGCUGGCUCAAGAAGAACGAGCUGGAUCUCAAGCGCCAUGUCCAGGAUCUGCGCGAUAACAUCCGCACCAACUGGUCGACGACCGGCCAGGAGCUCAGCCGCGAGCUGCGUCAGUACUGGCCCGCCUCGCGUCCGCAGAGCCCCGCGCCGUCGGUGCGCAACUCUCUCGCCCCGAACGGUUUCUACGGCCCGAACGACGGCAUCCUGCCGCCCGGCUCGGCUGCCAACGCGGCAAAGUCACGUCUCAGCAUCGACGUUCCGCCGACAACGCCAGGAGGCACGCCGGUUGGCGACCAGUUCAUCAGAGGUUACACACUGGGACUCAUCGGCGGUGUUCGUUCUUGGAUGACCAACCGCCGCAGAGGCGACCAAGACAGCCCCAGCCACCGCAACAGCGAUGACGAUUCCGAAGACAGCGACUCUAAGAGCCCUCGCGGGCGGUUCGUCGUCCCCCAGACGUCGACAACAUCGGCAACCCCACCAGCCGUUUCCGUGUCGACCCCCCAACAAUAAUGAGUGCGAACCUAAUCAUGGAGGGAGGGCUUUUACUGGAGAGGAGAGUGGGAAAGAGAUGUCAUCCUAAACCGUGUAGCAGUACAAGAAAAGUUUGCGUGAGAGAUUGGGUGUACACGGGGCGUUGAUGGCAACAAGGGAAGAGACUCUCGCAGGAACAUGUUCCUCGGGUAGGCCAGAGUCUUUGCGACGAACAUGCUACAGUUUAUUUUGUCUUUUUCAAAAUGAUUUCCGUUCAUCUUUCUG